UUUCACUCACGCUUACGCUCACGCUGAGAUCUUCCUUGUUCUUCCUUGAAAACCCUAGCCUCCAUUGCGCCGCCGUUGGCCUCACCGUCGCCGCCUGGUUCGUCGUGCUCGAAGGCCCUACCGUUCGCCCAACGCCAGCGUCUCCAGGUCUUGCUCCAACGUCGUCCGUCCGUCGUGUUCGUCUCCAGCUCGCCAGCGUUCGUCGCCAGCUCCCCGUCGUCCGUCUCCCGUCGCUCUCCCUCAAAUCUGUGGUCACUGCCCUCGCCGAAGGAAAUAGUUGGAGGUAUAUAAGAAUUAAGAAGAAAGACUAUCCCAACGGUUAAGCUGAACGUUCAGUUAUGUCGGAGAAAGGAGGAAAGGGUUCAUCGCUGUUAAGCAAGGGAUCCCUAAAAGGGAAAGAUGACAGUGCAACAAAAUCAUCAAAAGGAAGGAGGGUUCAGUUUUCUAAAGAAGGCCCAUUUGAAUCCGGAAUAACUAGUACUGGUUCACCAGCAUCUGGCGGAAAAGGUGAAUUUAACAAAGGAGGAAAGGGAGACAAGGUUGCAAAUGGAAAGGCUAAUGCUUCAAAAAGCCCAUCAGACCCUGGAAUUGAUCAAAAACUUCCAGAAAAUAUCAAAUGCAUAAUGGACUGUGAGGCUGCUGAUAUCUUGCAUGGCAUUCAAGAGCAGAUGGUCAUGUUAUCUAGAGAUUCAACCAUCAAAAUCCCUAUAUCAUUUGACAAGGGGCUGCAUUAUGCCAGUAGCAAUAGCAAGUACUCAGAUUCUGAGUCGGUUAGACGUGUACUUCAGCCACUUAAGGGUCAGGGCUUCUCUGAUAAUGAGAUAUGCAUGAUUGCUAAUAUGUGCCCAGAAACUGUUGAUGAAGUUUUUGCGCUUGUCCCAUCGGUAAAGGAUAAGGGAAGCACUACCCAAGUUCUUCAAGAUUCAUUGCAUCAGCUUUCUAAGCUUAAACAGUUUUAAGGCCAUAAUGAAAAAGGCUAGCUGGUUUGCCAUUAAAGAGAACCGAGAAGUAAUCCUUCUUGCAAAUGAAGCAUUGUACCUAUUACUUUUUGAGUUUACUAACUGGGACAAUGUAAUUAGAAACUUAAUCCAUGUUUGAAUGCCCUAGACCCUGGAUCUUGUCUUGUAUAUGGUAAGAUUGGUAACAAAGGAACUCUUGGUUA